GUCUUCGGUCAUUAGUGUUCAAUGCAUCAAAUCUAGUCUUGAGAUGGCCUCUAAAUUAAGGUGGGAAUUUAGAGCUGAGGGUGUACUUUUAUUUAAUUUUAAAAAGUUGUACGCUGAAAACUGCAAAAUUCUUGCAUCUAGUUCAUGCUUACUAUUAAUGAAUGCAGUGUAAAAUUCUGAAGUUUUUUAAAUAGAUUUUUUUUUCUUCAAGGGAAAUUAGCCGAGCUGCAGGGAAGGCUGUGCCUGGAAUCAUUGAUGAGGAGAGUAGUGGAAAUAAUGCCCAAACCAAGGUGGGAAACUGGCAGUGCUUGGCUCAUGUCACAUGUUCAGUGACCAAUAUUUGGAUAAAGAAGAAAACAGCAAAAUCAUGGAUGUUGUUUUCCAGUGGCUCACAACAGAAGACAUCCACCUAAACCAGAUUGACGCGGAGGACCCAGAGAUUUCUGACUACAUGAUGCUGCCCGACACAGCCACCCUGUCAGAGCGGCUUCGAGUGUGUCUGCAGGAGGGUGAUGAGAACCCACGGGACUUUACUACCCUCUUCGACCUGUCCAUUUACCAGCUGGAUACCACCUCCCUCCCCAAGGUCAUCAAGGCUUAUGAACAGCUAAAUGUGAAGCAUGAACCUCUGCAGCUCAUCCAACCUCAGUUUGAGACGCCGCUGCCAGCCCUGCAGCCAGCUGUUUUCCCUCCUAGUUUUAGGGAAUUACCACCUCCUCCUCUGGAGCUGUUUGACUUAGAUGAGACGUUCUCCUCUGAGAAGGCACGGCUUGCUCAGAUUACCAAUAAGUGUACUGAAGAAGACCUGGAAUUCUAUGUCAGGAAAUGUGGUGACAUUCUUGGAGUGACCAGUAAACUACCAAAGGACCAACAAGAUGCCAAACACAUUCUCGAGCACAUCUUCUUCCAAGUGGUGGAGUUCAAGAAAUUGAACCAGGAACAUGACAUUGAUACAAGUGAGACAGCAUUCCAAAGCAAUUUCUGAGGACCAUGCCUCUUGAAGCAUUUCUGCCUCCUGAUUCUCUUUGUAAACUAUUUUUUAAUUUUUCCUCAACUCCUUAUCAAAAUUGUCUGUACACUUUCUUCUGUAAGUGUUGGAAGGUCUGUGCAUUUUUUGUAGUACACAGAUAGGUAUAAGGUUUCUAACCUUCAAAAUCUUUAUGUAAGAUAAGUUCCUUUUUUUUUCUUUUUUUAAAAUUAAACCUAUGAUUGAAUCUGUACUUUCAUAAUUUAUGAGAGUCUUUCACUGAAGUAUUUUCUUUCAACUUCCGUUCUGGAUUUGAGUUUUUUUCAUCAAAGAUAUAAACAGUUAUCAAGCUUGUUGUCAGCACUCCACAGCUUUUGGGAUUGUUAAAAAGGAUAUGGGAAUACACAGCAAUAUACUGGAAUACACUGGGAAUGAACUUUGGGGAACCCUGGGAGCCAGGUAGAAGAGUGCAGAGCCACUGAAAGUGUAUGUAAAGGAUGUGGCACAAUGUGAAUAGCUUAGUGGGUAGGUUCUAUAAGUAUGAGAAUGGAGGAAGAAGGCCGUUUAGGGGGAGAGUGUGAUAUAACACCAAGAAGAAGUAAUGAGGAUGUGGACUAAGGUGCUGCUGUAGGAAAGGUAGCAUUUUGAAACAGGUCUGGUUUGGGGUUAAGAUCAUAUUGGCAAGACUUCCAGCCUGGUUGCCUGGGAGAGUGGUGGAGCUAUUGAAGGCAGGGGCAGUCUGGAGGAUGAGCUGUUUUUGAAGGUAAGAGUCCAAUGUUGCAUUUAUGUUUGAGAUGCUGACCGUUCAUAUUAGUUGAAAUAACUGGAAAUACCUGAGGAUUAAAAAAGAUGUCAGGUCUGAGGAUCUGAGUUUUUCACCUGGAGUUAAUUGAAGCCAUGAGAAUAGUUUGUCAAGGAAUAAUACUUUUAAAAAACUUAAAACCUUGGGAAGAAAGGCUCAAGUCAAAAUUCUGAAUUUCAAAUGAUUUAUUCACCCUAAAGCUCUGUUCAUAGGCUUCCAUUCUCUCACACACUCAAGCCCUAUCCAGAGUCGCCAGCCAGGGCAGAGCACUGGGGAAGGAGGAGGUCCCUUUUCUCGGAGGGCAGUCUAAGGUCAGGUGAGAGACAAGCAGCUAUAGAACUGAACUUUGGGGAAUACUGUGGAAGACUGUAUUGUCCAAAAAUGGAUUCAAUAACUGUCUCUCAACCCAUACGCUCUUCUCUUACAAUGUGAGUUUGAUGCUCCUCCCAUUGAGAGGUGGAGUCUGUGUUCCCUCCCACUGAGUCAAUGGGAUGCUGUGUGGCUUCUGAGGCUAGAUCAUAAAAGGCUUACAGCUUCUGUCUGAUUCUCUUGAGACAUUCACCUUUAUAGACAUAAACCACCAUGUAAGAGUCCAAGGCCACGUGCAGAGGCCAUUUGUAGGUGUUCUAGCCAACAGCUAUAGGUCCCAACAUAUACCAAUAUCACCCACCAAACAUUCCUGACCCCAGCCACAAAGUCCUCCCAGCCUUUGAGUCCUCUCAGCUGAGGCCUCAGACAUAAUGGAGCAGAGACAAGCUAUCCCUGCUGUAUCCUUUCUGAAUUCCUGACACACAAUCCACAAACAUAAUAAUUUGUUAUGCAACAAUAAAUAACUGGAAUACCUACAAUCUUAGAAGGAGCUUUUUGAUUGAAUCUAGUCUAACGUCACUUUCCAAAGGGGAAACAGACCUAGAGGCAAAGAAGCACUGACAGCCUGCCUGCUAACCUGGAGCUUCUCCCACCACUCUUUCCUGACCAGAGAAGGUACAUUGGAGGAGGCAAGGCCUGUCCCACCACAUGGGGCAGCAGGCUUUUCCUCUUCACCCAUGGCGGCAAGGAUGUAUUUUUCUUUCCAACUUCUUAUAAAAAUUUUGAAGCAUAUAGGAAUUGCAAGAAUAUUCGAAUAAACACCAGCGUACCACCUACUUUUAGCAAGUGUUAACAUAUUGUCAUAUAUGCUUAUGUAUGUGUAUGUAUGGUUUUGUUAACAUUUGAAAUUACAUUGCAGAUAUAACAUUCAUCCUUAAAUACUUCAUUAUAUAACCAUACUAUCAUUAUUACUCCUAUUAUUAUCUAAUAGAAAUCAGAUGUCCCUAAAGUGUGUUUUUACAAAACAUUUUUCUAUGCCAGGAUCCAAUCAGGUUCACACAUUGCAUUUGAUUGCCUCUUUAGUCUCCUAAUGCACAAUAGUCCCCUUACUUCUUUC